CGUGGUUCCUUCACCCAGGCUCCGCUCUUCCCUUCUCUACACUUGUUUGAUUUAUGAGGAAUCCAAGAUGAACUUGGAGCAGGAGAGGCCGUUCGUGUGCAGCGCCCCGGGCUGCUCGCAGCGCUUCCCGACCGAGGACCAUCUGAUGAUCCACAGACACAAGCAUGAGAUGACUUUGAAGUUUACCUCAAUAAAAACAGACAGUUUGUUAACAGAUCAGACCCCGACCCCCACGAGAUUCCUGAAGAAUUGUGAAGAGGUGGGCCUCUUCAAUGACAUCGACUGCUCCCUGGAGCACGAGUUCCGGAAAGCCCAGGAGGAGGAGACCACCAAAAGGACCAUCCCGAUGCACAGUGCGGUUGGCGGAGCGAUGCCGGGGCCUCAUCAGCUGGGCGCCACCCGGAUGCCCAACCACGACACCAGCGUUGUGAUCCAGCAGGCCAUGCCCUCUCCCCAGUCCAGCUCUGUGAUCACCCAGGCACCUUCCACGAACCGGCAGAUCGGGCCUGUCCCAGGCUCUCUAUCGUCACUACUGCACCUUCACAACAGACAGAGACAGCCCAUGCCAGCCUCUAUGCCCGGGACCCUGCCGAAUCCCACCAUGCCCGGCUCCUCAGCAGUCCUGAUGCCGAUGGAGAGGCAGAUGUCCGUGAACUCCAACCUCAUGGGGAUGCAAGCCCCCAACCUCAACAACCCCUGCGCGUCUCCCCAGGUGCAGCCGAUGCAUUCGGAGGCCAAGAUGAGGCUGAAGGCGGCCCUGACUCACCACCCCGCGGCCAUGUCCAACGGCAACAUGAACAGCAUGGGCCACAUGAUGGAGAUGAUGAGCUCCCGCCAGGAGCAGACGCCGCACCACCACCUGCACUCGCACCCGCAUCAGCACCAGACGCUGCCGCCCCACCACGCGUACCCGGCGCACCAGCACCAGCACCAGCACCCCGCCCACCACCCCCACCCGCAAGCCCACCACCAGCAGAGCCACCCGCAUCACCACUCCCACCUCCACGCGCACCCGGCCCACCACCAGAGCUCGCCACACCCCCCCCUGCACUCGGGCGGCCAAGCACAGGUUUCACCAGCGACCCAGCAGAUGCAGCCCACCCAGACGAUACAGCCGCCCCAGCCCACCGGGGGGCGUCGGCGGAGGGUGGUGGACGAAGACCCAGACGAGAGGCGGAGGAAGUUUCUGGAAAGGAACCGAGCAGCUGCCACCCGCUGCAGACAGAAGAGGAAGGUCUGGGUGAUGUCAUUGGAAAAAAAAGCGGAAGAACUCACCCAGACAAACAUGCAGCUUCAGAAUGAAGUUUCCAUGUUGAAAAAUGAGGUAGCCCAACUGAAACAGUUGCUGUUAACACAUAAAGACUGCCCAAUAACCGCCAUGCAGAAAGAGUCACAAGGCUAUCUAAGAAAGGAUUAACAAAAUCCCUAUUCAACUGCAGGAAGAGGGUCACAGUCUGCCUGGGAGGCUCUCUCUCCUCAUUGCAUCUUCUCAGAAUCCCUGACUCUUCAAGGCUCAACUCAACCGCCACCCAAACGAGGCUUUUCUUGAUUCCCCCACUUGUGUUUAUUGUGUGUGUUUACAUAUACAUGUGUGUAUCUGUAUCUGUACAUAUAUGUGUCAUACAUGCAUAUAUUAUUUAGUGUUUACAUAUAUAUGUAUUCUGUAUAUUCUGUAUUUACUUUUGUACUCCUCGCAUUCAAUAGAAUGUAACCAUCUUGAAAGAAAAAACUGACUCGCUCUUAUAUUUAUACCUGGAGAGUUCAACACAUAAGGGGGGCUUGAUAAAUACUUUUUUUUUUUGCUUGAUAAAUACUUAUUGAUUGUUUGGAGAAGCAACGCCAAUGAAAAAAGACAGAAAACUCCAACCAUCAGCCUGGUUAUCAAUUAGGAAAGUAAAUCAAAAACCCGAUGUCAUAAUGGUCAGAGAAGAAAUUAACCGGAAGGCCCAUCAGCUAUAAGAGGUAAUGUGGUAUAUUGGCUAGAGCACUAAACUUGAAGUAAAGAAGAUUUGGGUUUGAAUUACUAAGGACUUAAAAACUCUUCUCCUAUUACCAUGAUUCCAGAGGACAGACGGUGAAGAACGUUACCUGUUUCCUCUGCGAAGCAUUGGAUUCAAGAUGCAGAAAGAGACUCUCAUUUUUAGACUUGGCCAACAUGGACAUUUCUUUUGCUUGUCUGUGCAUAUUGGUUGCAAAGGGUUUUUUUUUGUUUUUUUGUUUUUUUCUGAGGGGGAGGUUGAAGAAGAAAAAAUAACUGUUUGAUAAUUGAAUCAAAUAAAAUUUAAUUUCAAAAAGAUUUGAAUUUGAAUUCUACUCCAGACUCAUACUAGUUUUGUGACACAGGUCAGGUUGCUUUGCUUCUCUGGACAUUUAUUUCCUCAUCUGCAAAAUAAAGGGGUUAGCCGUGAUCCAGAGGACUGAAUAUAAGGCAUGCUACCCAUUUCCUGGGUGAGAUGUGAUGGACUCAAUAUGCAGAAUGGGACGUGCAUUUUUAAGUUAUGGUCAGUGCAGAAAUUGACUUUGCCUAACUAAUUGUAUGUUACGAUGGUUUUCUUUUUAUUCAGUUGGAAAGAGAGGGGAAA